GAAAGUUGCCAAAGAUUUGCAAUUUCCCUGUUGACCCAUAACCUACUUUGCCCAAAAAAGCCAAAAGCUCCCUCAAUUUCUAUUGUUGCUAAGGUCCUUAUUCCCUCCUAAUCACCCUAUAACAACUGCACAAUCACAAAGCCCAACGGCAACAGUAGGCAAAAAUUUCACUCAGGCUUGAGGAAAGAAAAUAGAUAAUGAAGGAUUCAAAAUUCUGUCUCAACCUCUGGUGCAAUGUCCUCUUCCUCAUCCUCCUCGUUACAUUCACAAAUGCAGAAACUCACUACCAUGAAUUUGUCGUUCAAGCAACAGCUGUGAAAAGGCUAUGCCGAACCCAGAACAUAAUCACUGUGAAUGGGCAAUAUCCAGGGCCAACACUGGAAGUACGAAAUGGAGAUACUCUUGUUGUCAAAGUCAUAAACAGUGCCCAGUAUAAUGCCACCAUCCACUGGCAUGGUAUAAGACAGAUGGGAACACCAUGGGCAGACGGGCCCGAGUAUGUGACUCAGUGCCCAAUCCAGCCAGGUGCAGCUUACACAUACCAUUUCACUGUCAAAAACCAGGAGGGUACACUAUGGUGGCAUGCUCAUAGCAGAUGGCUCAGAGCAACUGUCUUCGGAGCACUUAUCAUCUACCCUAAGUUGGGUGUUUCAUACCCAUUCCCACAGCCAACGACUGAGAUCCCCAUUCUUCUUGGUGAAUGGUGGAACAGCGACCCCAUGGAUGUGCUACGCCAGGCACUAUUUACAGGUGCAGCUCCAAAUGUUUCUGAUGCAUACACUAUAAAUGGUCAACCUGGAGAUCUAUAUCGGUGUUCGAACAGAGAUACGACAAAAUUUUUUGUGGAUUCUGGUGACAUAAUUCUUCUUAGAAUCAUUAAUGCUGCACUCAAUCAACAGCUAUUCUUCACAGUAGCCAACCACAAACUCACUGUUGUUGGAGCUGAUGCUGCCUACACCAUGCCCUUCACCACCAGAACUCUCAUGCUGGGACCUGGCCAGACAACUAAUGUGCUCCUCACUGCCGAUCAGACACCAGGACGCUACUACAUUGCAGCACGUGCCUAUGCCAGUGCCCGCAAUGCACAAUUUGACAAUACCACCGCAACUGCCAUCCUUGAAUACAAAUCUGCCCUUUGCAGUGCUAGGAAAGGGUUUCUGUCAAAACCAACAUUACCACAACUACCAGCCUACAAUGAUACAGCCACUGUGGCUGCAUUCACAACCCAGUUCAGGAGUCCUUCAAAUGUGAAAGUGCCCAUUGAGAUCGACGAGGACCUUUUUUUAACAGUGGGAUUAGGGUUUGUCAACUGCAACCCAGGGCCUCAAUGUCAAGGGCCAAAUAACACCCGUUUUGCCGCCAGCAUGAACAAUGUUUCUUUUGUACUCCCAAGCACCACCUCCUUACUUCAAGCUUACUAUCAAGGCAUACCUGGUGUCUUCACCACAGAUUUCCCAGCUGUUCCACCCAUAAAGUUUGACUACACAGGCAGUGUAAGCCGAGCAUUGUGGCAACCUACUUUUGGCACAAAACUCUAUAGAUUGAAGUUUGGUUCAAGAGUGCAAAUCGUGCUACAAGAUACAGCUAUCUUCUCAACAGAGGACCAUCCCAUACAUCUUCAUGGGUACCAUUUCUAUGUCAUUGCACAAGGCUUUGGUAACUAUGACUCUGGACAAGAAACAGCAAACUUUAACCUCAUUGAUCCACCAAAAAGGAAUACCAUUGAUGUUCCUGCUGGUGGAUGGGCAGUAAUCAGAUUUGUGGCUGAUAAUCCAGGAGCUUGGCUGAUGCACUGUCACAUAGAUUCGCAUCUCACAUGGGGACUGGCCACAGUAUUCUUGGUUGAAAAUGGAGCUGGACAAUUGCAGUCCAUAGAAUCCCCUCCAGCAGAUCUGCCCCCAUGCUAAAAUGAACUUCACCCAACAGAUGGAUAUGCAAAUGAAGUUAUCUCUUGAUCUAAUUUGACAGAUUACUUCCCGCAUUUAAUGUUAGAAUAUUUUCGGCUAUGCUCUAGUUCAGAUCUUAAGUAGGAUUUAACAAGCAGAAUCUCAAUUCUUCCGUUAAUUGCUAGAUUUUCCAGCCAAGAAAAGAGUUUGAUUUGUUAAAUCCAUAUGAAGUCACUUCUAUUUCAUUGAAGCAUUCUACUACUUGUUAAAGCAUAAUAAAUAGUUCAG